UGUGCCUUUCCUGCCAGGGGAGGGUCCUGGAUUAACUCUGCUCUGUCUGCCUCCAUACCAAAACGCUCAGCUGAUAACUACCAGACUGACUGCAAAGCCAACUGCUGCUGAGGUUUUUUAUGUUGGCAGACUGCGGUGGAGAGCGAAAAGGAAGGAGGUUGUUUUCUGUUUCUGUGAGGAGGAGGAGGAGGAGGAGGAGGAGGAGGAGGAGGAGGAGGGGGAAAAAAAGACGCUUACUUCACCAGAGCUGCUGGUUUGUUGCUGUAGGGAGAGAAAACCAGUUAACCGAGGAAGAGAAAGGGGGAGAGACAAGCUUGUGUCAGGCUAAAACUGCCUGAUAGGGGAGAUGUACCAGGUUUAACGCAGCAUGUCAAUUGGAACGAGGCACCCAGAGGCAGAGACAGGAUUAGUUCCGAGUGUUCAAGACUUUGAUAAGAAGCUUGCUGAAGCUGACGCCUACCUACAGAUCCUGAUCGAUCAGUUGAAGCUGUUUGAUGACAAGAUCAAGGACUGCAAAGAGGAUGAGUCACGCAGAAAAGUUGAAAUUUUGAAGGAGACCACUUGUAGCAUGGUAGAGUCCAUCAAGCACUGUAUCGUACUGCUGCAAAUCGCCAAGGACCAAAGUAACGAACAGCAACACGCAAACGGACUUAUAAGCACCAUAAACCCAGUGGAUGGGAUCUACCAACCCCCUCUGGACAAUCCUGUAGUCAACACCACGAUGCCAACACAAACCACAUUACCCACAGACGGUUCUCAGGUGUGUAAAUCAGACCAACGCCCCUCCACGUUGCCCGUUGGUCCCGUCGUCACGGUGAUGGGCAGUCUGCAGACCCCAACUCCCAACAGCACAGGGAGUCUCCCGUCAGACCCCAGCAGCGGCCUCGCCUCCCCGAGUCACAUGCCCCUCCCCUUGCACUCGGUGCCAGACUUCUCUUAUUCCUCCAGCGAGGACGAGUUCUACGAUGCUGACGAAUUCUACCAGAGCAGCACUUCCCCCAAACACUGCAUAGAUCCCUCAGGGCCUCAAGCUGCCUCGUCUCUCGCCAAUGAAGGAACAGCGUUGAAACGACCAAACACCACCGAGUCCCUGAACUCGUCCAUGUCCAACGGCACCACAGAUGCAGACCAGUUUGACCACGAUGACCGCGAUGAUGACGGUGAGGGCGAGUCUGUGGAGGAGCACAAGAGCGUCAUCAUGCAUCUUCUCUCUCAAGUUCGUUUGGGCAUGGACCUUACGAAGGUGGUCCUGCCUACUUUCAUCCUAGAGAGGAGAUCUUUGUUAGAAAUGUACGCAGACUUCUUUGCACAUCCAGACGUAUUUGUAAGUAUCGCUGAGCAGCUGGAGGCCCGGGACCGCAUGGUUCACGUGGUGAAGUGGUACCUGUCAGCUUUCCAUGCAGGGAGGAAAGGUUCAGUGGCCAAGAAACCUUACAACCCCAUACUGGGAGAAGUCUUCUACUGCCACUGGGAUCUGCCCAGCGAAACCGAGGAGCCUUCCCAACCCACGGAGACCGUAUCAGAAGGUCCAGUACCGUGGUCGUCAUCCAACAGUGUGUGUUUUGUGGCAGAGCAGGUCUCUCACCACCCACCCAUUUCUGCAUUCUACGCAGAAUGUUUAAAUAGGAAGAUCCAGUUCAACGCACACAUCUGGACUAAGUCUAAGUUCUUAGGCAUGUCCAUCGGUGUCCACAAUAUUGGCCAAGGUUGUGUGUCGUGUUUGGAGCACGAUGAACAUUACAUCCUCACCUUCCCAAACGGAUAUGGCAGGUCGAUUCUGACUGUGCCGUGGGUGGAGCUGGGUGGAGAGUGCAACAUCUCCUGCUCCAAGUCGGGCUACAGUGCUAACAUCGUGUUCCACACUAAACCCUUCUACGGAGGAAAGAAGCACAGGAUCACCGCAGAGAUUUUUGCACCUAAUGAUAAGAAGUCUUUCUGCUCCAUUGAAGGAGAAUGGAACGGAGUGAUGUAUGCCAAGUGGGCGACUGGAGAGAACACAGUGUUCAUAGACACUAGGAGGAUAGGCAUCAUUAAGAAGAAAGUGAGAAAGCUGGAGGACCAGCUCGACUACGAGUCCCGAAGGUUGUGGCGAGAUGUGACGUUGAACCUGAAGCAGAAAGACAUCGAUGCAGCAACAGACGCCAAACACCGGCUGGAGGAGAAACAGAGAGCCGAGGCCAGAGAGAGGAAGGAGAACGAGCAGCAGUGGGAGACCAGGCUAUUCCACGAGGACGGCGAGUGCUGGGUCUAUGACGAGCCUCUAUUAAAGAGAUUUGCCUCUCAGAGGCCCUGAGAAGACUACGCACACUCCUACGAUACACACACACCAUACAUAUGCAUAAAGAAAUGCACACACAGCAGAGUCUUCAUAAGAACUCUUUUGCAAAACCACUUCUUUACCAAGCCUUGGAAUGACUGAUGAUUGAAUAUGUACACAGCUUUGCAUUUGACUGUAAAACAACAAUAUGGAAAUGAAUGAAAUCAAAUGGAAAAGCCUCUAAGAUGAAACGUGAAAACUGGUAAAAGCUCUCUCUCCUUAUUUUCGGCAAUUUCCCUUCCACCUCCACCGAUACCCACCACCCGACAAGACAAGACUCGGCAGUGCAGAGUGAGGACGGGAGGGUUGGCACAUCUCCUCUCUCAAUUCUCUGCGUCAGCUUCACGACAGCACCCUACAUCAGCUCCACAGGACGAGCCAGAGGAGCACGUUUCCCUACACAAAUGUUUUUUUGGGGGGUGGGAGGGGGCAAGGGAUGUGUGAUUGAUGGUGUUCAAAUCAAAUAAACCUUAUGAAUAAUAAAUCGGCGCUCUACAUCUCAGGGAAUCUGGUGACUGAGGAAAGAAAGCUGCUGCCCCCUCCGAGAGUCUGACAGCCUUAUAACGGUGGAAGGGAUGAAUCUUAAAGGGGCGGCGGAGGAAUCCUCCGCAAGCCUGCAACUAGUUGUAACUGUUGUUUAUAUAUAUAUAUAUAUAGAUAUACAUAUGAUGGAUAUAUAAAUAUAUAUUCUUUUUUUUAUUUUCAAUGCUCUUUUUGUUUAUUUUCCUUUCUGGCAAUAGUGUAAAAAUAUUUGAGGAUAUGAACUUGAUGGCUUUACAUCUUUAGGAAUCAUUCCAUUUACCCCUUUUUGGUGUUGCGCUCCCAUUUCAGGUCAACGUCUGCGUCUAUUUGUUCCUUCACACUGUUCACAAGCAAAGCCCCCACAUAAGCCAUAGCAUCUGAACUCACUGAUUGGGAGAGUUGUGAUAGAUUUGUGGAAUAUAUGCAAUAAAGAUGAUCAUUGACAUUGCCUGUUCAAAGGACCAAUUUUGGUGUCCGUUAUGCCAAAAAAGGUUUAGAUAAAAGGCUAAAGGGACUUUCCUCUGAACAGAGAACAAACAAUCCUCUAAAAAUGUUUCCAUGUUACCUGAAGGCAUUUAUGAACAAAUGAUUGUUUACAUGUUUGUGGAUUGUGGAUUGCUGGUUCAUGAUGAGGACCUAAGACAAGGACUGAGUCUGUAAAGUCUCCCUUUUUGUUCCUCAAUUUUGGAGUCUGGUUUCCUCUCCUAAACGCACAGAUGUCAGAGUGGAUCAACUUGAUGGUUCAGGUGUUGUCACAGGGUGAGGAGUGUGAAAACGAGGAACCAGUGCAGACAUUUUAAACACUGCUGCGGUUCCAUAGAGCUGCUUUGAGACCAGACUGUGUUCUACUGGUUCUGUUUUCUCGUCAACUUGAUUUUUGUUUUUGUUCACUAACUUUUGAGAUCACCACAUAGAGGGCAAUAUUUAUCCUACUGUACACCUCUGCUUUAUUAAACAUCAUUCAGUCUCUUAUUUACAGCUACACAGAUUGGAUAUAAAUGCAAUGAUAUUUGGAUGAAAGUCAGAAAUAAAAAACAAUUUUCUCCUGAA